GUCCGUGAAGGCAUCAUGAAAGCUCACCCAAUCUUGCUAGUCGUGGCUAGCACGUUAGCAAACGCGGAUACAACACUUACAGACGACGUUAAAUAUGCGGAAAGUGACACCCGGAAACACAAAGCAAACGGAUUAAUUCCUGUUUUGAAAUGUUUUGAGUUUACGGCUGACCAACUCAAACCGUCGUGGACUGCUCUGCUUUACAGACUACUCAGCUAAUGUCGUAAGCGUCAAUGUUUAGCUGCGCAACGGACAGCGUUAGCUGAGCCGCUGUUAGCUAUGAGCUAGUUUCCUUUAGUGUUUAAAUGAAUGGAGGGUCAGCCAACAAUGUUUUCUGGAUAGGGCUCCCGUCCUCCUUAUUUUGGUCCAACUUUGCCUAUUCUCUUCCCACAGAUGUUUGGAGAAGUUGCCGUGAUGGUGCGAGUUUGAGGGAGCGUGGAUAGGUUGGGUAAUGAACAUAAGAAGCCUGCUGGGAUCGAACCAUCCGUGGAUAAGUUUGUUGAGAAUGGAUCAUGGUGAAGAAAUCAUGGUCUACCCAGGCACCUAGACUUAGCUACAGCUACAUUAGCCUGCGUAUCAUAACACUGCAGCCGGGUUGGUUUUGUUUUAGGUGAUCUUUAAGGUCUGGUGUUCCUGCUGUGAUUGUCAUUUCUGGGUUUGCUGUUUUGAAACGAUCGAAGAAAUGAUGGUGUUUGAGACCGACCCUGCCCUCCGUCCCAGGUAGGGGGGUGGUGUUGGUGUUGGUUUUGGUGGUGGUGAAGACUCCCUGGCCUGUCCCGGCCCGCUGAUCCCGGAUGAUGGAAAUACAUUUAUUAGAUCAGCUGUAGCGUUAAUUUCUCCACUCUCAGAUCAGAUGAUGGUUUGGGAUAUCCUGCCAGAGAAGAAGAGAUUUGUUAGUUCGGAGAUUUGAAGGAUCAUGUUGGACACGGAGGAAGUUUCCCAAGACCACAGUUAUUGGAUCUGAUCAUGGACCUUUGAGCACAAAACGUCCAUUUUAUCAUCUUAUUUUUUUUAAAAGACUGUUUCCACCGGACAUCACCAUCAUGUCUGCAUUUGCCGAGUUCGUCCCCCCGCCUGAAUGUCCGGUUUUUGAACCGAGUUGGGAGGAUUUCUCGGAUCCUUUAGGAUUCAUCAACAAAAUCAGACCAAUCGCAGAGAAAACUGGCAUCUGCAAGAUCCGUCCUCCAGAGGUAAAAUCGCAUAUCCUUUUACAUCUUUUGAUCAACAUGGGGUUAGAGCCAGUCGGGUUUGUCCGGGAUGCUCCUACGAAGGUAGCUGGUGUUGAUUUAUUGGGGCCUUCGUGUUUCUGUUGAUACACAACGACGGUUCCACUUACCAUUAGUCUUAACUAAUAGAGGUCAAAUGACACCCGAUUUCUUCUUCUAUGAACAGGAGGUUGUGUUUACUUUGAUGAAAUUCGGGUUAGCUCAUUGCUUUACACAGGGGGUGUAAACUCAACCGCUUCAGGUUGUUUUUGUUUUCUGCAUUGCGAAGUUUCAUUAUGGCAGUGGUUCUCAACUGGUGGGUCCCGACCCAUAAGUGGGUCGCGGACACGUUCUGGAUGGGUCACGAACAACUGGUCAAAAAAGUAAAUGUUUAAUGUGAUAUUUAUUAGAUACUCAAAAUUUUCUGCACAAGCAACUUCAGUAGUUGCCGUGCCCAUGUUGUCCCCUUCAUGUCCUCUGAAAUACACUUUACUCAAUAAAACAAGUGGAUUUAUGUUAAAUAUAAGAGUCUUUUAAAGGUUUUGUUUUUUAUUAAAAAGAUUAAUUUGCUUGGUUUGAAUUCUAUAAAAGUGGGUCGCAACUGAAGGACCAUGGGAAAAUGCCGCAUUAUGGUGUUUGUCCCACAUUAGCACCAAAGAUGCGACAUUGGCCUCUAUCGCACCUUUGGCCCAUAUUUAUACUGUUACAUGAAAGAAGAUUCUUUAAAAUGCCCUUUCCGGAUUGACAGAAUUACUCAUCCAGAAAUAAAGUUUGAAAGGGGCCGUUUUUAAGCUCUCUUGAUCCGGUUAUAAAAUAGGCUCAGGGAGCUGCACUUUUGCAAACUGUGUGCGGAUUUCUAUUUUGUAGACCAUAAGCUUUGCCCUGAUCUUUUUUUCCCCACCACCACACAGACACUGUACUGUUGUUGAUAUCUUACAAGUCUCUUGUGUCUGUUUCUUGUCAAUCAGGACUGGCAACCUCCCUUCGCCUGUGAUGUACGCAACUUCCGCUUUACCCCUCGAGUACAAAGACUGAAUGAACUUGAGGUGAGUUUGCCAAGAAGAUGCAUUUUAAGUAAAGGUGUGUCAGGCGUCACUUUAAGAGGUGCAUGAUCGUAACAGAUUAGUAAGUAUGUGUACUUUUUUUCCACCUGAGGGUUUUAUAUGUCCUCGUCAAGCCUCUUAACUUCUUUUUGAUGUUGUGUAAUGGCUUUGCAAAAGAGUGGUAGUGUGACAGUAAAGCCAUUUUACCAUCGUGUUGCUGGGGGUGUAACAGUGGAACAGCACUCCUCUGCACUCAUAAUAUGUGCUUUCUUCUCUCUGUCCUGCAUAUCUAGGCCCUCACGCGGGUUAAGCUCAACUUUCUGGAUCAAAUCGCAAAGUUUUGGGAGCUGCAAGGAUCCAAAAUUCGAUUUCCUCACGUGGAGAGAAAGGUUCUGGACCUGUACCAGCUCAGCAAGGUGAAAAAAUAGGAUGUCAAUUUGAAAGAGCUGUCGGUGUGGAAUCUCUGAUUUUUUUAAUUCGUGCAACCCAAAAAGGCUAACUUUGAAAAUCUGUGUGCUUCAGAUUGUGUCAUCAGAGGGUGGCUUUGAGACAUUAUGUAAAGAGAAGAGGUGGUCCAAGGUGGCCAGUCGAAUGGGUUUCCCAUCAGGAAAAGGGGUUGGCUCACUGCUGCGCUCCCACUAUGAGAGGAUCCUUUAUCCAUAUGAGCUCUUCCAGUCUGGAGCCUCAUUAACUGUAAGUAAUUUAUGGCAAACAAUCAAUGGAUUCUUAUCUGUGUUUCUCCAAGUCACAACAAAAGUUACUCUAUGAUACUUAACAUCUAGAGAAGAUUCAAGCAGCCCUGUGGAGACCAAACAUUAUUCUCCCAAUGAGCAAACUUUUAGCAAACUUUCUUUUACAGGCAGAAACAUCAUCUUCUUUCUUCAUUCAGAUAAUCUGCUUUAACCUGCACCAGUAGCUAAAGUGUGAGCCUGACAUGUACGCGCAAUAUAUAAAAAGUUUCCUGGAUUUGCUCAUUGUCUUGUCAAUACAGGUGCUUAACCCCAUUGAGAUAAACAGAGCAAAGUUUUAACGUGUUGAACUGCAACUUAAAAAAAGUUAAAAUGAUUUUGUGAUUGAUUAAUCACAAGCAAGUAUUUGGUUACCAUACUUUCUAUUGUGGCUGUUCUAUUCUAUUUUGGCUGUUCCCAGAGACCCACUCAAAGUCACUCCUGAAUCACUUUUAAUUUGGUACAUCAAUCACUGUUAGUUUAGCUUAAUUAAAGAUGUUGUAAACAAGUGUCGGGCUAAAUGGCACAGUGUUGAUAAUAUCCACGUUUCAAAAAGACAAGGUCCCUGAAGUUUUUCACUCUCUCCUCUCCAAUCAGGGCAUCCAGCGUCUAUACGAUGAAGGGGAUGAUGGUGAAGAACUAGAUGAGGGCGUUGGCGAGGAGACAGUGGAGGAAGAGGAGCAAGAUGAGGAGGAGGAGAAAGAGAGGGAUAAAGACCCAGAGGGCGAUGCAACACAACCCAAAGAGCGACUUCUGCCUGAGAGACGCUCCAGGCGUCUGAAGUCUGAGGUAAACAAACGAAACUACAAGGCAGUGUUUUGUGUCGAUUUGUCAUUUUUGCACAAUUGUGAAAACCUGAAAUAGAGUCCUUUUAUCAAGCUUAUCUUAAAUGUGAAUGAGCUGUUAGCCAGCAGUAGAUCAAUUGGGUAGUUAAUAGGUCACCUUUGUUUUGCCCAUUUUUCUUUUUGAGUCCAGGAUCCUUUACUGCCCCUUCUUGUAUUCUCUGUUGUGGGAGGCAUGUUUUUUUUUAGGUAGUCAAACAUUUAACCUUUUUACAGGAUUCAAUCUGUUUCACGCCAUGUUUUGUUGAAAUGUGUUUUAUUUUAGAGGGAAAACAAGGAGCCAAAAGGCCUGAAAAUCUUUGGUACAAGUCCCAAGAUGGUCGGAUUGGAGAUUGUACCUGCUGGUAAGACACAUUUUUCUCUGACCCUGUACUUGUGUACUAUUCACUGUGCUUAAAAAAAACAACUAUUUUUUGAAUAGUUUAGAAUAUUUUUAUCCUUUUUUUCCACUGUAAGUGUUUAAUUCUUAUUGAUUUUUGUACAUUACAAAUAUAAAAGUCAGACAUGCACAGGAGAACAGAAAAAGAAUAAGAUCAAAACAAAGACGAGCAGGUCAAGUCAGUGAGGAGCACAUAGUGUUCAUAUAUCCACAAAAAAGGAAUAAUAUUCAGGUCAUGUUGGUUUUGUCAUGUGUUUUGUUUCCUUUGUGCAGUCAACAGCUGACUCAAAUUUAGCAUUUCAAACAUACAGUAUGCUUUUACAUGCACAUAAGCUUCUUUUUAACACCUGUAAAUGUCAGCAUCUACAUAUCUAUACAUGAACAUACACACUAACCCAAAAACAUGUCGAUGUUACGAAGAGGGUUAAUUGUUCUACAGUCAGUUUUUCAUGUUCUCCAAUGAUUGAUGAAUUUAUCAAAAAGAAAAUUAGCUGCUCAUGUUGUAUAUUUCUUUCUUUUCUUUUCUGGUUGGGGGUCUUUUGUCAACCACCUUCUGGUUAUUGCCUCUUUACUGACUGCCAACUUUAUUUUGAUAAAGUACACAUCACUGGAAUUGUUUACUGACGUAAUGUUUCUGAGAUAUACUGUACUAGAGUCACGUUUUAUCUGAGUAUUUCUAUACUUAUGCCAGAGCUUUCUCUUUUAUUUAGAUGAUGGAUUCAACAAGAAACAGCGUCACCUCAAAGCCCAAGCCUUCGCCAUCAAAAUGAGACCACGCAAGGAAACCCUGGAAGUCAACUUUGUGAGUGUUCGAUCAUUGGGUUUGUCAUUUUCCUAACGCUGAUGGAAACUCGAAGCAUGUACAGCCCUUUAAGGUUUACUGCACCAUUCUCUCAGAUCGACCUCUACCUCUGCUUGGUGUGUGGGCGCGGUGAUGAGGAGGACCGACUGCUGCUGUGUGACGGCUGUGAUGACAGCUACCAUACCUUCUGCCUGAUCCCGCCUCUACAGGAUGUGCCCAAAGGGGACUGGCGCUGCCCCAAGUGUGUUGCUGAGGUAAAGCUGGAAGACUGUGGAUUCAGCAGUUUUCCUCAUCCUCCUCUCCUUGGUUAACUUAACAUUUCUUUAUGUCUAACAUGAAUAAGAUAAAGUCAUACAGAUCUUAUUCUAAAUGAAACUUUGGGUUGUCUUACAGGAGUGUAGCAAACCCAGAGAGGCGUUUGGCUUCGAGCAGGCAGUGAGAGAAUAUACUCUCCAGAGCUUUGGAGAAAUGGCCGACCACUUCAAGUCCGACUAUUUCAACAUGCCUGUUCACGUAUGUAAACUCCACUCACUUACUCAGCUAACAAGUGUCAAAAGUUGCAAAGAUGCUCCUCAACCAUCUACUCUUUCCAAAUUGUGAUUAAAUAGUCAGAAGCUCUAAACGUUGCUUUGAUGCUUUUGAGAUUCUUAAUCCCUGCCUCCUGUCUCCAGAUGGUCCCCACAGAGUUAGUGGAGAAGGAGUUCUGGCGCCUGGUCAGCAGCAUCGAGGAGGAUGUCAUCGUAGAGUACGGAGCUGACAUCAGCUCCAAGGAUGUGGGCAGUGGAUUUCCUGUCAGAGACGGUAAAAGGAGGCUGCUGGGGGAUGAAGAGGUGAGAAGACUGUCACAUUGUUGGAGUGCCGUCAUAUUCUUUUAGGUCUUGUAAAUUAGUGACAUUCUCUGUUUUUUUGGAACUUUUUAUUUAGAGUUUUUCCUUAAACAUUGAACAGUAUCUGAGACAAGAUCAGUGGUGUAGAAAAAAAAUAAAAAAACAAUAAUAAUAAUGAUCCCAUACCUAGGUAUUGCUGCAUAUGAUGCAGAUGUAUAUCAAAUAUUCAUUACACAUUGUAGUAAUAAAGAAAAAAAAACAGGAUUAACACAUAGACAUACAAAGAUGCAUUAGUAAAAAAAGAAAAUGACAUUUUCUAUUCAAGAAUAUGUUACCUAUCAAAACAAAUGGAUCGUUUUCUUUUCAGAUUGUGACUGUAUCAGAUUUUGUGUUUAACUUUUGGAACUGUCUAAGAAACAUGGACUGAGUCAGAUCAUUUGUUAGUCUAAAAUCGAAGACAUCCUCCAAAACCAUUAUGUCAUCAUCACCCAUGAUUGUUUGAUAGAUAGAAACAUAACAUGCCCUGAAGUGAAAAAAAACCACUCCACUAUUCCUCUUCCCCUGACAGGAGUAUGCAAACUCAGGCUGGAACCUGAAUAACAUGCCAGUGCUGGAGCAGUCUGUUCUCACCCACAUCAACGUGGACAUCUCUGGUAUGAAGGUGCCCUGGCUCUACGUUGGCAUGUGUUUCUCCUCAUUCUGCUGGCACAUCGAAGACCACUGGAGUUACUCCAUCAACUUCCUGCACUGGUGAGAAAGCUUAAGACUGUUUUUGUUUUGAUUUUUAACAGAUGUAAACCACAAUGAGCAUACCACUCACAUAGCUAAGUUAUUUAGUAAUAUCCUCACUAAUAGAAAUCACCUGUACAUUUUCACGAAAGUUUUUUUUUUUUUUUUUUUGGUGUAAUUUAUGAAAAAUUCGUCUGCUCUCCAGGGGUGAACCCAAGACUUGGUAUGGCGUGCCAGCUUCUGCAGCAGAGCAGUUGGAGGCGGUGAUGAAAAAGUUGGCUCCAGAGCUGUUUGACUCCCAGCCUGACCUUCUCCAUCAGCUGGUGACCAUCAUGAAUCCCAAUAUCCUCAUGGAGCAUGGUGUCCCCGUAUGUGUUCUGAGCACAGAUGUUUCAUUUGCUUGAUAUUUGAUCUGAUAUGAUAACAGUCAUGUGGUUGUGACCUGUGCAUAUUACCACCCCUCAGGUGUACAGGACCAACCAAUGUGCCGGGGAGUUUGUGGUGACCUUCCCUAGAGCCUACCACAGCGGCUUCAACCAGGGCUACAACUUUGCAGAGGCGGUCAACUUCUGCACAGCUGACUGGGUGAGGAAAAAGGCCUGAAUGUGUCUUAAGUUAAGAAGUUGUAUCAUGGUUGAAUGCAGGUGCUCAUUUUUUUACACAUGCUCCUCUGUAGUUACCCAUGGGUCGUCAGUGUGUGGCCCAUUACAGACGCCUCCAUCGCUACUGCGUCUUUUCGCAUGAAGAGCUGCUGUGCAAGAUGGCCGCCGAUCCAGAGAGUCUUGACGUGGAACUGGCUGCUGCUGUCUUCAAGGAGAUGGGGGAGAUGAUGGAGGAGGAGACCAAACUCAGACAGGCUGUCCAAGAAUUGGUAAGAGUUGGUGUCCUCUCUGAAGGGUAAGUUUGACUGUACAUACAGAGAGGAAAGGUCAUCAGGUUUCUUUCUUCUUUAUCUGCAGGGGGUGCUGUCCUCAGAGCAGGAGGUUUUUGAACUUUUACCAGACGAUGAGCGCCAGUGUUACAAAUGCAAGACGACCUGUUUCCUGUCUGCACUGACAUGUCCCUGCAGCCCCGAUCGACUGGUGUGUCUCCAUCAUGCUAAAGAUCUCUGUGAAUGUCCACACGGCAACAAGUGUCUGCGGUAAGAAAUCGUUUAACUAUCACCUUAACACAACAAACAUGAUCACAAACAUCAUCUAAGCAAGCUAACAUCUUCUUAACAUGUCUUAGGUAUCGUUAUGAUCUGGAGGAGUUUCCUUCCAUGCUGUACGGGGUCAAGACUCGCGCUCAGUCCUACGACACCUGGUCCAAGAGGGUCACAGAGGCCUUGGCUGCUGACCAGAAAAACAAAAAAGGUUUUUACACUAAAGAACCAAUGCAUGGUGAAGAAAUUGUAUUGUGUUUGUUAAAGGUACCUCCAUGUGCUUUGUAUGAUUGUUUUGUGUUUGUCAUAGAUCUUAUCGAGCUCAAGGUUUUGCUGGAGGACGCGGAGGAAAGGAAGUAUCCUGAGAAAGCUUUGUUCCGUCGCUUGAGGGAGAUGGUCAAAGAGGCAGAGACGUGCAGCUCGGUGGCUCAGCUGCUGCUCAGUCGUAAACAGAGGCACAGGUUAGUGAACGUGAAAAACUUUUCAUUCUGUAAAACAGAAUCAGAUCUGAGAAAAACCCACACUGCUCAGUGAAGCAUUUUACGACGUGGACUCAGGAACGCUUCAGAAAACCAUCCUCACUUAUCAUCACAAUUCAUCACUACAUCUGUAAGUGCAGGUUUAAACUCUACCAUGCAAAGCCAAAGCCAGAUAUCAAGUCACACGUGUAUUUUUUUGUUUGUUUGUUUUUGCAAAUUUUCUUAGGAUUAUUACAUAAAAAAGAAGAAUGUACUCAGGUUUCUUCUUGCUCAUAUGUGCCCUCCAUGUAAAAUUCCUGCGACAAAAGGGACGAAAAGCUAAUGAAAGCGCAGCUAAAAUAACUGUAACUGUCAAAGUAACAUGUUAAUUUUGAUCAAUCACAGCAAAAAUGAAGAUUCAGUUCCACUGUCACCUCCUGACUAUCACAGACAGUCCUGUGUACAGCUGUGUAAACAUAACAGAAUACCUGUUGUAUGUGUAGUUAGCUACAUAAGUAAUAUAAACAGCAGUAUGUUUUUGCAGUGGGAGACACAAUCAUAAAGUCAGUUUAAACAAUCUCUACACUCAAGUAUGUGUUUUGAGUAGGGCUGGGCGAUAUGGCCUCAAAUCAAUAUCACGAUAUAUUGAACAGUUCACCUUGAUAAUGAUCAAUGGACGAUAACUACUCCACAAACUGCUCACCCCCUCCCACAUUAACUUCGCCUACUUUAGCCGCCGCUCCAGCAGCUACGACUUUUGAACCGUCGGGUGGAGUCACGUCUCCGACGUAGGACAGCGUCUUAAAGGGACAUGAGACCAUAGCCUACCUACACACAUCCAAAACUAACUUUUAUUUAUUUAUUUAGACUCUGAAUAUACCGAUAUGGGCAAAAUGAUGUCAGUUAUUGUCGUAAAUUUCAGUAUCAGUAAAUUUUCAGUUUAUCGCCCUAGUUUGGAGUAUCUUUCCCUUUAGACUCUGCUGCAUUUCUGUGAAUGUUUGCUGACUUUUUUUUUAACCUUACCUGAAAGACUGUGAACUGUGUUGAACUUCUGUCAAGCCCUGACAUGUUUCCUUCAAAUGAAAAAUUCAUGGUUGAAUCCAGACAAACUGCUUACACCUUUUCGUAAUGUUGCACUGUUAUAUCACAUUUGUUUCAUUAUUGUAUCUGCUCAGAUUAUAAUGUGGACUAACCUCUUCCUGUUUUUUCAUGUUUUCUGCAGCAGCCGCCUGCGUUCUGAGAGUAGUCGUAACCGGACAAAACUAACAGUGGAUGAACUCAAGGCAUUUGUGGAUCAAAUCUACAGGUUGCCCUGCAUCAUCAGCCAGGCAAGACAAGUCAAAGUAAGUCCCCCCUCCCCAGUCAGUAAAAACCGAUGCUCGUUCGUUUCUCUUUUUCUUAAUUUAUGUUGUUUUUAUGUCCUUCAGGAGCUGCUGGAGAAUGUUGAGGACUUCCAUGAGCGAGCCCAGGUGGCGCUGUCAGACGAGAUGCCCGAUUCCUCAAAGCUGCAGGCCCUUCUGGACCUCGGUAGUGGCCUGGAUGUGGAGCUUCCAGAGCUGCCCCGUCUGAAACAGGAGCUCCAGCAGGCACGCUGGCUUGAUGAGGUAGGGUCAAACCAACCAAACUUGUUUGUUUAAAUUAAUUAAGUUAUGUAACUCCGGUCUCAUUUAACUUGUCUUUCCCUCGUCACAUUUCUAGGUGCGUGUUACACUAGCUGAGCCUCACCGCGUCACACUGGAGCUGAUGAAAAGGCUGAUAGACUCCGGCGUUGGCCUGGCUCCCCAUCAUGCUGUGGAGAAGGCCAUGGCGGAGCUGCAGGAGAUUCUAACAGUAUCAGAGAGAUGGGAAGAUAAAGCACGUGCAUGUCUGCAGGCCAGGUAAGGUCAUAAACGCAUACAAACAUACAUGGCAACGCCUUUUACUAUAGAUCAGAUCCCACAACUGUGAUUACCACAUGCUUUUCUCUCCUCUUGUAUCCCCAGGCCUCGACACAGCAUGAUGACCUUGGAGAGCAUAGUUUUGGAAGCCAGGAACAUUCCUGCAUACCUCCCUAACAUUUUGGCACUCCGAGAGGCCCUGCAGAAAGCCAAGGAGUGGACAUCCAAGGUGGAAGCAAUCCAGGUACUCUAAAUGUUUACACUACAGCAUUAAGAUCCUCUUCUUACCCAUAUCUGAAGUCCAGUGUCCUCCCGAGGGUCGUAGCUAAGACUUCGGCUCAUACCAAGAGCACUGGCUUAAAUAUCUUUGACCCCACACAGAGUGGCAGUAGCUAUGCCUACCUGGAGCAGCUGGAGAAUCUGUUGGCCAGAGGUCGCUCCAUCCCUGUUCGACUCGAUCCGCUGGCCCAGGUGGAGUCUCAGGUGGCUGCAGCUCGAGCUUGGAGGGAAAGGACCGCUCGCACCUUUCUGAAGAAGAACUCCACGUACACACUGUUGCAGGUGGGCUGCUGUUAGGAGAAUUUAAAGUUCCUCUCCUUAAAAUCUCGACAUUGUAGUUGGGAACAACACUAUUGAUCUUAUGUGGCCAUUUUUAAGUCAAAUAAAUCAGAUGAAUUAACUCCGUAAGAAGAUUAAAAACACAUUCAUGUUCUCUCUUAGGUCCUCAGCCCCCGUGUAGACAUCGGGGUGUACGGCAACAGCAAGAGCAAGAGGAAACGUGUCAAGGAGCUCAUGGAGAAAGAGCGAGGAGGCUAUGACCCGGACACCCUGAGUGACCUGGAGGACAGCCUGGAGGAGGUGCGGGACCCCUCCACUGUUGUAGCAGCCUUCAAAGCCAAAGAGCAGAAAGAAGUGGAGGCCAUCCACUCGCUUCGUGCCGCCAACCUUGCCAAGAUGGCCAUGGCCGACCGCAUCGAGGAGGUCAAGUUCUGCCUGUGUAGAAAGACCGCCAGCGGCUUCAUGUUGCAGUGUGAGCUUUGUAAGGACUGGUUUCACGGAGCGUGUGUGCCGCUGCCGAAGACCGGGUCCCAGAAGAAAAUGGGUGUGGGUUGGCAGAGUAAUAGCAAAGACUCCAAAUUCCUGUGUCCGCUGUGUCAGCGGUCGAGGCGGCCAAGAUUAGAGACCAUCCUAUCACUGUUGGUGUCACUGCAAAAGCUGCCAGUGCGCCUGCCUGAAGGAGAGGCCCUCCAGUGUUUGACUGAGAGGGCAAUGAGCUGGCAGGUAUGCAUAAAAAUAACCUCAUUCAACCAAGCGCAGCUCAGGUUACAACCAGCUUUUUUUUAACUGCAUUAACAUAGUGUGCUUCUGGUGUUUUACAAAUACCUUACACUUUUCUAAACGGUCCCACCAGGACCGAGCACGUCAGGCCCUGGCCACAGAGGAGCUGUCCUCAGCGCUGGCCAAGCUGUCUGUGCUGAGCCAGCGUAUGGUGGAGCAGGCUGCAAGGGAGAAAACGGAGAAGAUUAUCAACGCCGAGCUGCAGAAAGCUGCUGCAAACCCUGACCUGCAGGUACGUCUCAAUGUGAUUCAACAUUAUUUAAGAACAGCACUACAUAAAAAAUUAUAUUGAUCAUAGAUAGUAAUCUGUCUUGGAAAUCACACGUUGAACAUAUAAUAAGCAAAGUCUCAAAAUCUAUUGGCACACUGUACGAAACAAGAAAAGUAUUAAACAAAAGGGGGUUGUUUUUGAUUUAUAGUUUCUUGAUUAUGCCAUAUUUCUCUUAUUGCGCACAACUAUGGGGAAAUGCAGGAAAAACCUGUAUUGACUCUUAAUUUAAAUGACAAAAAAAGGCAAUGAGAAAAGUCAACAAGGUAGGAUAUUGUGAACCAACUAAUAAUUUGUUUAUUCUGAAUAAAGCAUUAAAGCUGAGAGAUAUUGUUUAAGUAUUAGAGAUUCUUUACAAAGUUAAAAACUAUAUCAUUUCAAAAAGUAUUAAGAACUUCUUUAAACUAAGAGUUAGUGAUUAUAAUUUUAUAGGUUUGGAUCAUUUUGAAUAUAGUAAGGUAAAAACAAACGUUAAAUCCAGAUGUGUUUCUGUUUUUGGUGUAAAGUUAUGGAAUGGACUUGAUGAAGAAUAUGAAUUAUGUACAUCCUUGUCAACAUUUCAAAGAUGUCUCAAACAGAAUAGUAUUAGUGACUAUCAAAACCAUGUAUGAGAACCUAAAACUGAACUUUUGUCUAUAUUAUGUCUGAUUGUACAUGAAAGUGUAAUGUGAAGGCUUGAAGCAUUAUUUGUUGGUGUAAACAGGACAGACAACAUAUAAGAAUUGCUUCAGCCUAUCUCUUUUUUUUUUUUGGUUUUACUUAAAAUGAAAAAAUAAAACCUUAUCUAUUUAUCUGUACAUCACAAGGAUUCAAGUAACUCAUCUUUGAGGUGCUGAUUGUGGCUGUGGUGGCUUUGAUUUGAGCUUUAGAUGUAAACGUGGAAAAUACCAGAAGAGGGCACUGUUGUGUAAACACAAAUGAGACUAGUCUACAACUUCGGUGAUUAAAAUUGAGCAUGAUCAUAACUGUAUAGAUGACACGUUGCUUCAUGAUUUCUUCUUAUAGACCUCACAAACCCAGAAAGCUCUUUAUUUGUUGUAUCACAAGCAGCCACAUGUAUUGUUUUUUAUUCUCCAUUUACAGGGUCACAUUCAGACUUUUCAGCAAUCAGGUUUCAGCAGAGCGACAUCACCUCGCCAGUCGGUGGACUACGAUGAUGAGGAGACGGACUCAGACGAGGACAUCAGGGAGACUUAUGGUUAUGAUAUGAAGGUAAAGCCUGGCUAUGAUGAUAACCGCCAGUGUCAAAGCAGCUGAAGCAAACAGGAGUUUUCCUCAUUCUCCCUUGUUUUUUUUUUUUUUUUUUUUUUUUAAUCCUGGCAGGAUCCAGGCGAGGUGAAGCCCUACCUGUUUUGUGAUGAAGAGAUUCCCGUCAAGUCUGAGGAGGUGGUCAGUCACAUGUGGCCAGCUGCCACUCCCUCCUUCUGCGCUGAACACGCCUACUCCUCAGCAUCCAAGUCCUGUGUGCAAAGUGAGACUGCAUUAAUAUUCGACUUUCAGUGUUUCAGUGUUGUUUGUGAAGUUUUAGUCCCACUCCAAACAAUUUUUACUGCUUAAAGUGUUCUCAGUGGUCUUUGAAUUGUGACUAUGAAGUUUUUUGCCAAAAUCACGUUACCUGUGUCAUUUUUAACGGCUGUUUUUCUGCAGAGCUCCAGUAGCUCAUUAGUAAUUCGCCUCUGAGUUGUGGGCGGAGACAGUGCUGCUCUGCACACUGUUCUUCAUGCUAGCUUGCAGCCUUACAUUGUCGGUGUAGUGGCUGGUGACAUAGGAACUAUUCAGCUCUCAGACUGUAAUGUUCUUGAGGGCAUUAUGAAAGUUAAUAUUAUAAUUAGCUUACUUACUAGCAUUGCAAUCCGCUAUUGCACAUGCUUGUUCCAUAAUCAUCCUCUCUAUCUUCCCAAGUGUGGCCUGCAUAGUGGGCUCCAGGGGCAGAGCUUGGAUUUGCUACGUAGGAAAUCUCACUGUUUCUGAACCUGCCAUUUGGGUCUGCCAGAGAUUCACAGCAAUUUGAAAUACUCAGAAAUGCAAUUUAGCACUUAGUUUUCUCAUGAUAUGUCCUGUAGCAUCAGAAAAAUGCCACAUGAACAUGUGGACAACGAGAAAAACAUGAUUUUCAUCAGAGUGAGUCUCAAAGUCCUUUCAUCUACAUAUACUCAAAUUAUUUACAUUUCAGACCCUGGCACUCCCAGGAAGCAGCCCAGGAAGACCCCUCUGAUUCCCCGCAGCCUGGAGCCGCCUGUGCUGGAACUUUCCUCGCAGGCUAAAGCCCAGCUGGAGGAUCUGAUGAUGCUGGGAGACCUGCUGGAGGUAUCCCUGGAUGAGACCCAGCACAUCUGGAGGAUCCUGCAGGCCACACACCCUCCCUCUGAGGAGAGAUUCCUGCAAGUCAUGGAGGUAAGGGAAGUCAUUUAUUAUGCACAGUGAUUGCGCAGCUGGAUCUCAAUGAUGAAAGGGGGAUAUUACAGAGUUAGAGUUUGAAUCAAUGGUUUUGGUUGACUAAAGGUCGAAAAGAUAUUCCGGCAAUAAGAACACAAAUGAAAGUACUCAUGCAUGUUUCAUUUUUCACUCUUUACUGACAGCCGGAUGACUCACUGAUGGAGAAACCCCUGAAGAUCAAGCUAAAAGACUCAGAGAAGAAGAGGAAAAGGAAGCUGGAAAGAGCCGAGCACCACCACAUGCUGAUGGCUGCCGCCGCUGCCGCAGGUGGGGCCUCGGCAAUGGGCGACAUGCGGCCAGCCAAGUCCAAAGACCUGAAAAGGGUGGGUCUAGAACUGGGUCUUGGUGGGAAACCCAAGAAGAAGAAACUUAAAUUGAACUUGGACAAAAGCAGAGAGAUGAAGCAGCUGGCUAAACGGUUAGCCAAGGAGGAGAAGGAGAGGAAGAGGAAGGAGAAGGCAGCGGCCAAGGCGGAGGCCAUCAGAGAAGGCCUGGAGAAGAGGAAGGAGAAGAAAAUUCUGGACAUUCCUUCCAAGUACGACUGGUCCGGGGCCGAGGACUCAAACGAUGAGAAUGCUGUGUGCGCAGCCAAGAACUGCCAGAGACCAUGUAAAGACAAGGUAAGCACUGUCACCAUCUUCUUUAGGGAAACAGUUAGUCAAGAUUGUGCGAUGGUGAAGGAGGGUUUUUUCCACACAUUUAACAAGUCUGAGAGUCACCGCCGUGAUGUUGUCCAGAAGAGGAAGAGUCACAAACGCAGUGAAUCAUAGAUGAUUGAUAAAUCCUUCACUGCUUCGACAGUUUAAUGAUUAACAGAGGUCAGAGGUGAGCAUGUGACUGUGGACCUUUUUAAAACUCAGAGGUCUGCAUUUACAUUUUUCAAUACUCAUCUGAAAACACACUUAGAUUAUGAACAGAAUUCAGUGAUUGACUACCGCUGCAUUAUCUAUUACCAUUUGGAUUAUUUCUGCACUUAUUGAAUUCACGGGUGCUAAUGAUCUAAAAUGUGCUCAAUCAGUUUACAGGAAUUAAAAAGUUAUAGUGAAGUUACAAAAUAAAAGCCCAUCACAGUUCUCAGAAGCCCUGGAUCAACUCUGACAUGAAACUGUUUUUAUACUUCUUAAUGCUUUUUAUACUUUCUCAUCUUUAAAGUGAGCUGCAUCCUAAACUAGUGGGAUAAAUAAAGCAAUAUAAAAUAAAAACAAUUGCUUUUAUUGUGAUAAGGUCUCCUACGGCACUCAAACAAACUCAAAAGUCUUGAUGUCAAAAGCAUGCUGGAUAAACCAGUCUGGCAGCAGCACUCUAAAACACUGGUUUACUAUGAAGUAGAUAUGUGCUGGUUCGAUCAGAGACUGUUCAGUUUAACACAAGUGACCUGUGGAAGGGGAAAGUAGGAGUCUCAGUUAAUUGGUUGCGGGUUCGUACUUUCAACUCUACCAAAACCACCAGACGCUGUUCUUCAUCACUGUCCAGGUAGCAAGCAGUAAAGGUAGAGGUAACUUUUUGACUUCCUAUACAAUACCGAUAUUGUAGCCUUCAAUACUGACCGAUACCGAUAUUGAUGUGAUAUUGGCAAGAAAUUGUGCAUGGCACAUUUUUCACUCAGCUGCAACGUCUUUUUGGGACACAAAAAAUACUGCCACAAGGCCAACAUCGCUCUUACUCCUUACUACUUUGUUAGCACCUGAGUACACACUGUUGUUGUGAUUACGUGGGCGCUGGAUGCUGGAUCUGGGCGCUGCUAGAUAGAGGUGCCGGAGUGGAGUCUGGAGUGGACUGCUUGUAUUGGAGUGCUGAUAUCAGAGAUUUUAGAUGCAGGCAGAUAUAAUCCAAUAUCCGUUUUUUUGCUGACACCUGACCGAUAUCAAUAUCGUAUCGGUAAGUCCCCAGCUAGCAGGGUGAUGAUGACAGAAGGUGCUAGCAAGAGUUCACUGCAUAGAAACUGCUGAACACAAUGGGAGACUUAAGGCAGGAACACAGAUUUCAAUGUUUUUUCCUCAGGGAAACCUCCCGGGACAAACAAUGUCUUACAUACUGGACUCCGAUUCUUCAUUCAGUGUUUUUUAAUUUGUACAACUAAUCACAAAAAAAAAACUUAUUACAAAAAAGAUAUUUGUUUGUGUUUUUUUUUAUAUUACAAGUAGGCCUGAACGAUAUAUCGUUUGACUAUCGUCAUCGCGAUGUACGUGUGUGCGAUAGUCACAUCGCAGAGCCUGCGAUAUUGGAGGUGAAUGAACUCAUUUAAUUUCAAGUGUAACCGACUGAGAUACACUCCAUGUGACUCUGCAUGUGCUGUGCAGCGAUCCACCAAUCGCCUUCGUCCUUAACUCAGUUGCCAAUCAGACUCACUUCUCAGUUGCCAAUCAGACUACCCUGCCAGCUGUCAAUCAAAAUCAGGGAGGAGAAAACCCACCCCUGCACAUGUUCUGCACAUGGAGGGAGACGUGUGUCCGCUGAGAAUUACUUUCGGAACUUUACUCAUGACUAUUAAGCCCAACAAAUAAGAACUGUAUGGGUUUUAAAUUGUACAUUUCCAUGGACCACUCUACUAUAAGCAGUGCGCGUUUUGCGAAGUGCAUGCAAUUCUCGGAGGACAUGCGUUUCUCGGCACAACACCGCUAACAACAACAACAACGAUCGCAAAAUGAACAACGAACAAGCAAAAACCACCGAAAAUGAAGAUUUGUUGCCGAAAAGAAAAGGAAAGUCAGUUAUCUGGAAUUAUUUCGGUUAAAAGAAGGAUGAUGUCGACCAAAACACGUCUUCUGUGUUCAUCUGUUGCCACAAUAACGUCCCAGCACAAUAAAAGCUAAAAAUAUCUCUGAGACAGACAGAAGCCGUUCUACUAACAUUCACAAAAAGAGGUAAGAUCAGAGCAGAUUAACUGUCCUCAAGAUUUCAGCAGUGCAGCAUAACAUUAAGUGCUAUUCAGGUCAUCUGGUGAAAAUACUGUAUUUUUAAUAUCGCAAUAUAUAUCGCAGGGUUGAAAAAAUCGCAAUAUUAUUUUUUUCCAAUAUCGUGCAGCCUUAAUUACAAGAUAUUACUGUGAAAAAAUAAGAUCUCUUUAUCAUUUUGUUGCAUUUAUCAGACAAUUUUGGACCACAAACUCUCCUUUUAAGAACUUUAUCAAACACUUAACUGAUUCAUAUCUAAAAUAAUUUAAUUUAAUUUGUGGUGAUGAUGAUAAAGAGACACCCAUACGGAGCCAUACUAUAAUAUGUUUCGAGGUAUUAGAGCUGGGCCAUUAAUUGGGUGUCAGUUUUAGUCAGGAUUAUGGCUCACAACAGAAAUAAAAACAUGAUAUUUUUUGUUUCACUAGUUUUGUCCUGUAUGAUAAAUUAAGCAUAUUCACCUUUUCUUCCUUAAAAGCAGAGUUUACGCCCUCCUUGUAAACAGCUCUCACAUUUACUUUGUGCAGUGAAAGUUUUGAAGCCAGGGAUGUAAUAAUGGGCCACUGUAUCUUCAACACAUUGUGCUACAGCAGAAAAAAACUGCCAUGCUGCUGCAGGUGGAGAGAGGAGAGCAGGGAGAGAAGCAGGAGGAAGCAAGUGUUUGCUUCCGUCUGUGUUUGUUUGUUUGUUUGUUUGUGUGUGUCUGAAAAGCCAAGGGGCAGUGUAAGCACGAUGACAGAGAGGCUGCAGUGAACACAAAUGUGAAUGAGCGCUAACAAGCCAAGGACUGCCAGGCUAAACAGAGGCAUCAAUCCAUAUCAUAAGAAGAUAAUAAGUCUUAACUCUUGAUGUUAUAAAGAUGCCAGCUUGAAAAGUCUGAACGGUAUGUUAGAUCAAAUGUAGGUGCUGGAGGAGCUCAGAUCUCUCACUGCCAUUCAGUUUAGCCAAUAUUAUCAUCGAGAUGAAGUCAGAGCUCUUAGUGAAGUAAAGAACUGAAGUAUGGUCCUUUUUUAUAAUGUUAAAUAGUUUUCUUUUUUCUUCUAUAUAUUUUUUCUAUCUGGACAACCAGGCAUGCUUUGGUAAACAGAAAGAUCCUGUUGUUAAUAUUCAUUUCUUGUUUUUCGAGUGUUUAGGUUUGAGAGGUUUUAAAUCUCUGUGAAUUCAUGUGAUGUAGACUUUAACUCAUGUGUAAUUGUGUUUAAUAAUCGUGAUCCCAAUAUCAAUUAAUCUAAUCCUGAUCCUGAUUUUUGCCUUGAAAGAGCAGUAUUCACAUAAAAAUGAUAUACUUAAAUUUGCAGCAAGUUCAAAUGUCUCCGAUCUUGGAGCUUGAGUGCAACAAUGUGAAGCUUCAGGAUACAGCUGACUUAAUAUGGAGAAGCAGGUUUAUUGUUUGGAUAAUGCCACUGUUGAAAACUGACCAUUAAAGGUCUGAGUCCACCUAACAUUCUCAUCUUCCAGGUUUCUCAGGUCUGAUCUGGAUUAAGUCAGAUUCAGCUGACCAGCUAUGAUUUCCCACCAGUGCAGAGCAGCACUUUCGAUGUAGAUGUCUUGCACAAUGUAACAAUAGUGGCGCACCAUCAGUCUGAAACUUUCCCCUGGAGAGAAGCAGUAAAUUCUGGCUCUCUCUUUCAUCAUUGUGAGUCAGAAAGUUCUCCAAACUCCAAGCGGCCAGGUUUCUCCUUGUCCACAACAGUUUUCUGAGUUAAUAACGAACACUUUUCAAAAUGAACAUCAUGGAACUUUAUUGAAUAUCAACAGCUGAUAACAGCACUGGAACACCUUAAGGAGAGUUACACAUAACGUAUUAACAGGCCGCACUGAUGUGGUCCUCUUAGGAGUCGGCUCUGCAGGCAGUCCCCUCAGUUAACCAGUGGCUAGCCUUCUUUGUGUGUUAACACGGCAGCCAAUCAGAGACGAGGAACUGGUAGGCCUGCAAAUCUGCAGGAGGAGUUGAGAUGAUGAUUUUAGGAAGGAGCAGUGCUGAACUUGACUGUAAACACCUGUCCUUGAGGUGAUUAAGAGCUGUAAGAUGUUUUUGAGGUUUCCUUAUCAUAAUCAUUCCCUCUACCUCCAGUAAGACCUAAAUCAAGGAGUCAGGGUGUUUAAAUCUGUCGAGUCUUGGCCUAUGCAUGUAACUGUAAUUUCCUUUUCACCAUUAAAAUCGCAAUGCUUUUGAUGCAGGCAGAUGAAACGCAAGAUAGCUAUCAACUACCCUGAGAUUAAUAGAUGUCAGUUUACUGAUAAAGGAUUUUUUGACUUAUUUUGGAUUCACAGAAGAUGUGCUGAAACGGGUAUUUCUUUAAAACUGAGAACAGCAGGUAUGAGUGAGGGCUCAUGAUCGUACAUCCCCUUUUUUCUCAAGUCCUUCUGGUUGAAAACAGUUUAAGCAAGACUAGACUGGUCAAUGUCAAUGUCAGCUUUAUUUUUAUUAUAGCACAUUUAAAACAGCCAGUGGCCUACCAAAGUGCUUUACAGUAAAAUAACCAGAAACAAAAAAAAAACAAUAAAGGCAAAGAACAUAUAAAAACAUAAAAAAACAAUAUAGAUAAACAUAGGAAAUCAAUAAAAGACCUGAUAAAAGUAACUAACUGGUUCCUGUAUAUAUCUGUUAUUUCAUCACGUCCUCUUUAUACCCCUUGGUUUCUAAGUAUUGUCUCUGUGUCUUUUUAUUUUGAAAAGAAACAAAAGCUACUCCCACUGAACGGUUAAAUUAUAUGAAUAAAAGAAACCAGCAAUAAGAAAGAAAAGGAGUUAAACGUGUUUGAUGUGGACUGAUUUCAAAUGAGGUUUUGCUGUCUGUCUAUUGGUCGGUUUGUAUUAUAUACACAUUUAAAGGUAAACAAACUGCUACUUUAUUUUUCUUAAUUUUCAGCUGUGAUUAAAAGUCGUUAAAUAAUAUGGGUAAAAUCAGAACCACUGAUGUGCUUUGUGUUGAAUAUUACUAGUUGCAGACAACAACAGAUCAGACCACUGUGAUAAAUGUGUUAGCUGCCAUACUAGAUUUUACUCUUCUGUAUUAUGUCUUUAGGCUGCAGCCAUAAAAAAUGAAUUAGACUUAAUUUACGCUCACAUUUAUUAAUGCUUCAGAUAACACUUAUUGGAAAAGACUUAGAGGCAUAGAUUGUGGGGAUGUUGGUUACAGUUAUGUGAAACUCAUCCAAUGUCAGUACUUCUUUGUUUUUUAACCUUUUGGCUCUGUUGUGACUUUCUAUCAAUCAAACUCUGACUGACUUGCACUUUUCCUCCUGUUAAAAAUUAGACACUAAAUUUUGUGUUUUGCUUGGCUGCCACAUGUUUUUUUCACAAUGAUUCUGAGUUGUUGUCUCUCUUAACAUCACUCACAUGUCUGCCGGUGUGCAUUUUUCCCCAGGUGGACUGGGUGCAGUGCGAUGGCGGCUGUGACGAGUGGUUCCACCAGGUGUGCGUUGGCGUGUCCUGUGAGAUGGCGGAGACCGAAGACUACAUCUGCAUGGACUGCUCCAGGAAGGCCGCCGGGGUCAGCGUCGGAGGAGGAUUAGGGAUGACUGUGGAGGAGGUGGCGGAGGAGGAGAGCGUCGUGGUGAUGACGACGUCUAUGUGUAGCGGAAACAUUCAGAGUCUGCCCCCGGGGUCUGUGGUGACCUCGUGGUCCUCCACUUCUCACCUCAACCAAGCAAGUUCUCAUCAGCAGCAGGAGGAACCUCAGCAGGGCAGUUAGCAUUGAAAUAAAAAAGCAAGGACUAAGAUUAAAUACUGUACCUCACAUAUUGAGCAUAACACAAACUAGUAUCCAGGCUAGAGUUUCCUCCACUGAAACUGUAUGACUGCACAGCUUUCGAGGGGUAGAAAUGGGGUUUGAGGAAGCUUUUUGAAUAAACCUGGAAGGAGAAACAAUAACAGUCUGGACUAAAGAGCACAAGAAAGGCCGAGAGAUUUUGCAUCAGGAAGACGACGACGAAGAAGAAGAAACCUACUGUCACCAUGUGGCUCUCUGAAAGGGUUCUUAGCACACAGACAAAGCCUUCUGCCGCAGUUUUAGGUCUAAAAACAUCCACCUGCUACUUCCUGGUCCUCCUUCUCAACAAUAACAAGUCGUGGUUCACUUUCUUGUCAGGCAAACACCAACUUACUCCAGCUGUUGUAUCGAGUGCAAACAGGCAAAUAAACAAAUGUGUCCCUUUCUGUGUUUUACUGGACAUCCUGAUCUGCUCCCCCCUCUGACCUGCACCCUCUACUCGGCCCUGCAGACAGUUACAUCUCAAUAUGUAGGACUUCAGACUAGGAAACACAAAAACGGUGGUGAUGUAGUGGAAUUAUUUAUGAUGUACAUACUUUUAAGCAAUUAAAAGAAAUGAAUUGUGGCUUUUUUGUUUUGUUUUCUCACAUUUAAUAAACUAUUCCUAGUCAAAUGAU